AUGAGAUUUUUUACUAGACAGCAAAAAAUAUGUGAAACAGAAGCUAAAAAAGUCAAUGAUGACAGAGAAAUGUUGAUUGUUGCUUCUGGUACUGCAGAAGAUAUAAAUUGGCAAGUUUGGUCAUUUGUAAAUGAAAAUACAAAAUAUUUUAUUCAGAUUGCAGAGCCAAACUUGAUUAUUUCCUGCAGCAGCUUCCAUUAUCAGCAAAGAUAUAAACCUUUCUCUACCUCUGAAACAGCUACAAUCACACCAACUAUCAGUCGUACAUCUGCUUUUAUACAGCAAUGUAUUGACAUCAAUCAAACACUUCGGUAUACAAACCAAGAUCUAUUGACUAUGCAACAGUAUAUGACUGAAGAUGAUGGUCAGACUUUGUUUGAUGCAUAUCAACGCUCUCUACAAGUCUUUCAGUCUAUAAAAAACAAAUAUGAAGUUCAUCUUCGCAGAUCUCAUACACAAGAAUAA